AUGGAUACCGCGACGACUUGUGACUCAAGUGAGCAGCUCUCGAGACAAUCAAGCUCGGUUGAGGUAGAGGAGACACCAGUGCCGAGCCCAGAGACACUGGUGACGCUGGAUAGUAUUGAUGAUCCCCUUUCAGCUCAGAACUGGCCGUUAAGAAAGAAGCUUUGGACAGCUCUCGCAUAUGGCUUGUGCUGCGUUUCCUCGACAUUCGCAUCUGCGCUCCUGAGUCCAGCGACAGGCCUCAUUUCGCACCGCUUCGGCAUCUCAGACGAAGUGGCUACCUUCUCGACAGCCACUUUGUUCUUGUUCGGUUAUGUCGCCGGCCCAUUUGUUUGGGCGCCAAUGUCGGAACGGCUGGGCCGUAAGAUCCCCAUGUGCCUGGCCAUGUUUGGGUUCGUCUGCUUUGGUGCCGCAUCAGCGACUGCCAAAGACUACCAGACCCUUUGUCUCUCUAGGUUCUUCCAGGGUGCUAUGGGUGCCUGCCCAGUCGCCAUCACCAUCGCCAGCUUUGCAGACAUGUUCAACCCCUUUCACCGGGCAUACGCUAGUACUGUCUUUGCCCUCACUGUAUUCAGCGGACCAAUGCUGGCAUCGCCGGUCGGUGGCUUUACGGCCGACAAUCAUUCGCUGGGUUGGCACUGGUGUGCCUGGUGGGGAGUCCUCGCCGGCGCGCUGAGUUUGUUGGUCGCCCUGACUUGCGCUUCGGAAACGUAUCUGCCAUAUCUCCUCAAGCAGAAAGCGGUGGAGCUUCGCCACGAGACCGGAAACUGGGCCCUGCAUUCUCGGCUUGAGGAAAUCCGCCUCCCUCCUGGGGAACUCGUCAAGUCGCUGUUCAAGCGCCCAUGCUUGAUGAUGGUCCAGGAACCGAUCUUGAUGCUUGUCAGUGUCUAUACGGCCUUCGUCUACGCUCUACUUUACACAUUUCUCGACGCCUACAGCGUGGUGUUUGUCGAAGGUUAUCACAUGAACCUGGGCGUAGGCGGGCUGCCCUUCUUCGGGCUCGUGACCGGUCUGGCUCUUGCAGCUUUUGCCAAUAUCCUGCAACAACGCUUCUACGUGACACCGAGGUUGAAGAGAAACAACGGAGUCAUGGUACCCGAAUGGAGAAUGCCGAUCGCCAUGACCGGCGCUCUGGCCUUCCCUCUGGGCCUGUUUUGGUUCGGCUGGACAGGCGCAUACCCACACUCUAUCCAUUGGAUCGUCCCUACAGCGAGCGGGAUUGUCACCGGAUAUGGUAUUCUCAUCAUAUUUAUGUCAUUUUUCACGUAUUUGGUGGACGUCUACAAAACCAACUCAGCGUCAGCCUUCGCCGCCGCGACCAUCAUACGAUCCGGCCUUGCAGCGGCGUUUCCACUCUUUGCGACCCAGAUGUUCCACAAUCUCAAGGUGCAAUUUGCUACCACGUUACUGGCGCUGUUGGCCGUGCUGCUUGCCCCCGUGCCGGUGCUCUUCUAUUUCUAUGGCGCCCGCAUUCGUGCUAGGAGCAGAUUCGCUUUGGACGAAAGCGGUCUAGAAGUUCGCCGGUCCGAGAAAGUCGAGGAAGAGGACGAAGAAGAAAAAGUCGGCGCCCUCAGGAUUCCAACACGUGGCUCUGCGGUGCAUUCCGACCGUCAUCUCAAAAGGAUUUUGAGCGGUGAGGACAACUGGAUGGGCUCGAUAAGGAGCGUCACCCGCGAGGAAAUGGAAAUACCAGAGUCCUGA